CGAAAACAAUAUCUAUCUUGAUUUAGCAUAAAACGCCGGCGCAAUCGGCACCCUGUAAAAUCAGCUAAACAUAUUUUCCGAUGGACCCAAAAAAUGCAUUCUUCAUAACAUUAAUAUUACUAACAAUUCCCGACGCUUUGAUCUGUCGAGUUUUCGCUGAAGGUGUCACUUUUGAUGAAGCAAAACAGCUGCGUGAUGAGGUUAGUGGAAUGUUUUAUCAUGCAUUUAACGGAUAUAUGGAUCAUGCUUUCCCACGCGAUGAGUUGAAACCGUUAUCGUGUGAAGGAGAAGACACACUUGGUGGUUAUGCCCUAACAUUGAUUGACUCCUUAGACACCUUGGCUUUGCUCGGUGACAAAGACCGCUUCACUUCUUCCGUUGAAUGGAUUAGUAAAAAUCUUAGAUUUGAUAUUAACAAGACAGUAUCGUUGUUUGAAACGACAAUUCGGAUCCUUGGAGGUUUGCUUUCGGCUCAUCUCAUUGCAAGCGAUUAUUCUACGGGUAUGCGUAUUCCUUCGUAUGAUGAUGAACUUCUUCACCUUGCUGAGGAUCUGGCUCGUAGAUUAUUACCUGCAUUUGACACCCCAACAGGAAUUCCGUAUGGAUCUGUUAAUCUAUUGCACGGAGUUGAUGAAAAUGAAAGUAAGAUAACAUCUACGGCUGGUGGCGGUACACUGACGUUAGAGUUUGGGGUGCUUAGUCGCUUAACAAAUGAUCCCGUUUUUGAGCAAGUUACCAAGAACGCAGUUCGAGGAAUAUGGGCCCGGCGUUCCAAGUUAAAUUUAGUUGGUGCUCAUAUUGACGUUUUUACUGGCGAAUGGACACAAAAGGAUGCAGGCAUAGGAACAAGUAUUGACUCUUUCUAUGAAUAUCUUUUGAAGGCGUAUAUUUUAUUUGGAGAUGAAGAAUAUCUAUACAUAUUCCAAGAAGCUUACGGGGCAGCUAUGCACUACCUCUUUCACGACCCUUGGUAUGUUGAAGUGAACAUGAAUUCCGCUGCACUAGUUUGGCCAUUAUUUAAUAGCCUGCAGGCAUUCUGGCCAGGUCUUCAGGUUCUAGCUGGAGAUAUUGAUCCUGCUAUUCGAACACAUACCGCCUUCUUUAGUGUUUGGAAAAGAUACGGAUUCACUCCCGAAGGCUUCAAUCUUGCUUCCUUUUCCGUUCAGCAUGGUCAGAAGAGCUAUCCGCUGCGCCCGGAACUGAUAGAGAGCACCUACUGGCUCUACAAAGCCACCAGGGAUCCCAGGUAUCUUGAUGUAGGGAGAGACAUUGUUAGCAGCUUGCAGUAUGGGGCCCGUUGUACGUGUGGAUAUUGUCACAUAUUAGAUGUCGAGUUUCAUAAGCAGGAAGAUCACAUGGAGAGCUUCUUUUUAGCUGAAACGGUCAAAUAUUUGUGGCUUCUUUUCGAUUUGGCUGCAGGCCCGGAUAACCUCGUUGAAAACGGGCCGUACAAGUAUAUUUUUAGCACCGAAGGCCACCUAUUGCCUAUGACUCCUAGAAUCUCUCUAGCGCGUGAACAUUGUUCGUAUUUCGGGGCAUACUGUAAAAACAGUAAUUUUAGACCUACUUCUUAUAUCUCAAACGAUGGCCACCAUACUAACAGUAGCAGUCGGUUUCAGAGAGGGGUGGGUUCCACAAGCUAUGUUACACAAUACGGUUUCCGCAAGUCAACAACUUCUAUGUCUGGAAUAAUCAAGGGGCUUUGUCCGGGACUAACUCACGAGCAAAUGUAUGGAUUAUCAUAUGUGGCUUCACCGGACAUGGUGCCACAAGAAGAGCCUACAACGGACCACGUCGAGAAUGUUGGUGGUCAAAGCCAGUCAAUGGUGGUUCUUUCUGAUUCAGCCUAACCAUGGAGGACUAAUGGCUCAGUCAUUUUGAUAUAAGCUGCAGCUAGGUGUGAUUUAGAUUGUACAGGGACUUUGUGACAUUUAGUAACCUCACAAGGCAAAUGCUACCCUCAUGUGUUGUACAUUGAUAUUGAGUUAUGAUGAUAUUUUAAUUAUUUUGUUGAUUACUUCAUGCUUUUUAUUAUUUAAAAAAUGUUGAUGUGACAAA